AUGUUUCAUUCUUUUGCUGAGUGGACCUUGUCUCAUUCUUUUGCUGAGUGGGCCAUGUCUCAUUAUUUUGCUGAGUUGACCUUUUGUCAUUCUUUUGCUGAGUGGGCCAUUUCUCAUUCUUUUGCUGAGUGGACCAUGUCUCAUUCUUUUGCUGAGUGGACCAUGUCUCAUUCUUUGCUCAGUGAGUCAUAUCUCACUCUUUUGCUGAGUGGACCUUGUCUCAUUCUUUUGCUGGGUGGAUCUUGUCUCAUUCUUUUGCUGAGUGGAUCUUGUCACAUUCUUUCGCUGAGUGGGCCAUGUCUCAUUCUUUUGCUGAGUGAGCCAUGUUUGAUUCUUUUGUUGAGUGGGCCAUGUCUCAUUCUUUUGCUGAGUGGGCCAUGUUUCAUUCUUUUGCUGAGUGGACCAUGUCUCAUUCUUUGCUCAGUGAAUCAUAUCUCAUUCUUUUGCACCACUUAG